CCCGGAGAUGGUUGACCUUACUAUUGACUUGAACUCCUUUUCUUUUGAAUCUUCUCUCGGCGACGACGAGAAAGAACUCGAAGUUAUUCGUGCGCGAUCUAAUCAGCUCACGAUAUGUGGCUGCGCACAUGCUGCGUUUUUAUGCAGACUCUCUCAUUCACUGAGAGAGAAUGCCAAACGCCAUCAUGGGUCAGGCGGCAACAUGAACGACCUGACGUUACGCGUCGGGAUCCUCGGACUAGGACGCAUCGGGAAGCAGCUUCUAACAUCACUUCUGGAGACCACUGGGAUGCAUCCUACUCAGAUUAACAUAUCUACUCGAAGACCCGAAAGUUCCGCGGACUGCUCGCAGAGAGGAGUGGAGUGUUACUUUGACAACAUCAGGCUGGCCGCCUGGGCGGACGUGCUGUUCCUGUGCUUCCUGCCCUGCAACCUGGCCUCGGUCGGGGCGGACCUGCGCACGCAUCUGCCAAAGCACUGCCUGGUGUACAGCUUCAUCACUGCGGUGCCUCCCAAAAGAUUGGCAAAUAUUCUCGGGCACAGCUUCAUUCUAAAGCCACAGUACGACUUUGUCACUGGAGAGACGACAGAUUUGUGGAAGUCUUCAUAUGGAAUCGCCAGCGCUUUAAGAGACCCUGUGAUGAUAAAAGCAUCCUGUCCUGUGGAGAUGAGCGGUGGCCUCUCUCUGGACCAGAAGUGGGUUAGUGGAGUACUGUACAGCCUCCUGAACAUCUGCACUUCUGCCUGUCUGGCGUCCAGAGACACUCUUGUCCUCAUCAACAACCUGUUCCAACUAAACGCUCCCCAGGAAUUCACCACACAAAGUUACAUCAAUUCUGCCCAUGCAUCGUCUCUUUCCCCUGAUGAGCCUUUCCCCUGGAUUAAUUUGAUUGAUGUCCACAUGAAGGACACACCGUUGUCAUUAUUUAUAUCAAGAAGUCCAAAUAUCCCAGUAGCCAUCUCAAUGGCAUACAAAUCGACAGCAACGACGGAGAAAACACAAUAGCCCCAUGUCAAAUUUUCUCUCUUAGAAUGUGUUUUUAGUUAAACCAGAACUAUCUUUGGUUCAACCAAGUCAUGCCUCGGAAGCAAUUUAAAUAAAUGAAUUCAAUUUCUUUAUGUGCUUAUUCGUCGUGUCAUUAUUGGAUU